CGUGAAGCGUGGUUAUACAGUCAGCUCGCUCGAGCAGCGGCAUCUAGCACAUGGGACGUCUGUGCCUCCUCGCUGCCUCUCAUUCAUCCGGCAGAGAAGAGGAGCCUGCGUCCGAGGAUACAAUGAAGCAGUGUGUCCUUGUCCUACACAAUGCAGCAAGAUGCUACGAAGGGGACGAUACUGUUUCUCGCAAGAUCAGGGACGUUUUUGCUCGAUUGCAGAGAGAGAUCAGCUAAAGAAUGAAGCUUUAGCCUCUGCAUGACAAGCUAUGACCAACACACAGACUAGACUCUAGACGUCCAAUUGCAAAGCCAGGACUCAAGAAUGAAGAUCAAAUAUGCAAUUGUCUUCAUCUGUAUCGUGGCCCUGGUCAUCAUCGAAAAGGAAAGCAACAUCCUAUCAAGGGUUUCUGAUAAACUGAUCCAGAGGCAGAUUCCACAGCAGACCCCACAGACUCCACUGGAUUAUAGCAACGCAACACAAAAUGGCUCACUGGCGAUGCUCAAAAUGCUACUCUCUAAACUCAUUGGUACAGAAGGGAAUAACUCAAGUCUCUCUGAGGAGCAGGAGGAGGAAGAACUAGAUGAUUUAGGCACGUACAGCUUCAGCGGUGGCCGUAAGCACAUAUUACUCUUGGCCACAACAAGAACAGGUUCCUCAUUUGUUGGGGAAUUUUUCAACCAGCACGGGGAGAAUAUGUUCUACCUGUUUGAGCCUUUGUGGCACGUAGAGCGCCUGCUGGCCUCGGCCUCAGAGGCAAACAACGGUACAGUGUUGUCAGGAAUCUACCGGGAUGUACUCCAGGCGCUCUUCCUUUGCGAUUUCUCUCCCCUUGAAAAGUUCAUCGUUCCCCCACCUCAGGACCAUGUGACCCCGGCUCUUUUCCGCAGAGAGUCUAGUUUAUCGCUCUGUGAAGAAUCUGUCUGCAGUCCUGUGAUCAAAGAUGUUUUUGAAAGGUAUCACUGUAAGACUCGUCGCUGUGGGCCGCUCAACUUGACCCUUGCAACUGAAUCCUGCCUUUCUAAGCAACACCACGCCGUCAAGACUGUCCGCGUGCGCCAGCUGGACACAUUGCAACCUUUGGUGGAGGAUCCUCGCCUGGAUGUGAGAGUGAUCCAGCUAGUCCGAGAUCCACGGGCCAUCUUAGCAUCCCGCAUGGUGGCUUUCUCUUCGAAGUACCAGACGUGGAAGGCCUGGGCGCAGGACGGUCAUGUGCCCGAAGAUGACGAGGAGGUGAAGAGGCUCAAAGGAAACUGUGACCAGAUUAGGAUGUCUGCCGAGGUGGGACUGAGCCAACCUCGCUGGCUGAGGAGACGCUACAUGUUGGUGCGCUAUGAGGAUAUUGCCCGCUACCCCAUGCAGAAGGCAGAGGAGAUGUACAAGUUCACAGGGAUACCAUUUAGUCCCCAAGCUAGGGAGUGGAUUCUGAGGAACACACAGACCACACAGGAAGCUAGAGGGAUUUAUUCCACCCAGAAGAACUCAUCAGAGCAGGCAGAGAAAUGGAGAUUCAGCAUUCCCUUCACACUGGCUCAGGUAGUGCAGAGGGUGUGUGGACCCACCAUGAAGCUGUUUGGGUACAGGUUUGUGGAUGAUGAAAUGACCCUGCUCAAUAAGUCCAUCAGUUUGCUUGAAGAUAAACUAUUUCAUUGAUCGAGAGGUCAACAAUGUAGCUGUGAUUCUGCAGAACGCAGCAUGCAAUGGAUCGGAGCCAGGAGAAGCCAUUAUUGCACAGACCAAAACUAGUGAGCAAAUGUGCCAUAGAAGACGCAACAUGUUUUACUGGGCCAUACAAUAAUAUUCAUACUCACCAAUGAUGUGCCUCAUUGUGACAAAUGAAGAGCCACUUGAGAAAGGGAAGUAUUUAUUUGUAUACUGCGUUUACUGAGAAGCCUGGUAUUUAAGCUUUAUAUGUGGCGCUUUACAUUUCAUUUAAAAUGAAAUAAACAUAGAUGUCAAGCCUGACUUGUAAGAGAUUCUUACGUAAUAUGUUAUUGAUAGUUAACAUCAACAACAGGGAAAGUGAAAGGGAUGUGUGUUUUGUUUGUGCGUAUGUCUGGAAGAGAAGAUGUUUCUGUUCAUAGGGUUUAUAACGCUAGUGCUUAAUUCUUCCUAGUUCAACUUGUAUUUUGAUAGAUCUGUGCUUAACUAGGCAACUGAUAGAAUCACUUUAGAUUAGACCUGAUGUGCUUUUAUAGAGCUUUACACAUUCGACUCAGGUGAAAUGAAUGUGGCAUUGUAUUUUGUGGUGUCUUCAUGAGGAGUAUUCAUAUCUCCACAAAAUCACGCCGUGUGAAAAUACAGAAUAAUCUUUGAUGUAUUUAACCAAAUUUUCAAUAUGCCAUAAAAGAGGUCAAUAGGGAUGGAUUUAUAAUACUCAUGUUAUAUGAGUAGCUAGAAGAAUGAUAUCUUACUUCAGAUACCUACAUGUGUCUUCAACAUACAAGUGUUGUUUUUCCCCAAUAGCCAGCAGCCAUAGUAGUAAUGUAUUUCCCAGUGCUGCCUGCUCACCUCUAAGGAAACAGGCAGUUUGGGCAUUAGUUAACUAAAGCUGCUUCUGUACUUCUAACCUGUGUGUUCAUGGACACAAACACAUUUCUUAUGCAGGGAGUUGUUUAAAUCACUUCACAACUUAAAGAAAUACAAUCACCAGAAAUAUAAAAACCUGCAAAAUUCAACAUUUUACUACUCACUCCUUGAAAUGAUUAGUCGUGAGAUUAUUGUGUGUUAAUGGUUGUGGUGACAACUAAAAUAUAAGACGUACGUAUGUAACGGUAUUAAUAUGGCCUAUCACUUUAAGUGAAACCCAGGUGCUGUUGUGUUAACUGUCGCUCUUGAUGGUAUAUAAAGGUAUCCACUGUGACUCUAGUUCAAUGGUAGCAUUGUGUUCGGCUUGGCUGAGGCACUGCUGAAAUGGCUGUGCUGCUCAUGGAAAGGGAUAUGCAUUAGAGGUACAUAUAGUAGGGGGCUUAUACUAACUCAGUGUUUAAAACAUAAAUAUGAAUACAUUAUGACUGGCGGGCUCCGAGUUGACCAGAGUCACUACUGAAGUAUUUAAGCCAAAAGGGAAUACUGUGAAAUACCAAGUGCAGCUGAAAUAAUGGGUGUAGCUAGUUUUUGCAUUCAGCUAAUUCAGAUACCAAGUGUGGCAAUAAAGUUUAUAAAAAUAUGUGUUUGAGCUGUUUUAAAGUGUUUUGUCAAGUCUCAAUUCUUCUCAAAGCAAGUCUCAAUUGAAGUCUCAGUUUCUGGAAAAAAGGACAAAGUUUAGUC